CCUCAAGACUUUUGGACUCCUUUCACGACAGUACAAAGUGUACCACUGUGUGCACUGCUCUCCAGCAUGGCACGUCUGGGCCUCCCCGUCUUCUUCGUCCUGUGCUUCUUCUCUCUGCUCCAGUCCAGCGCUGCACGGCCACCUCGUAUCAGGAAGGCAACUGAGGAUGAUGACGUGAAGGGCCAGCUUGAGAAAUUGUGGCGGGAGGUGAAUUCACUGAAAGAGAUGCAAGCCUUGCAGACAGUGUGCCUCCGUGGCAUCAAAGUUCACAGGAAGUGUUAUCUUACAAUUGAGGAACCCAAACACUACCAUGAGGCAAAUGAAGACUGCAUUGCCCAGGGAGGUACCCUUGCAACGCCACGAGAUAUUAUGGAGAAUAAUGAACUGCGAGACUAUGCCAAGAGGAGUUCUCCAGGCUCCAAGGACUUCUGGAUCGGUGUGGCCGACAUAGUGAAAGAAGGCCAGUAUGUUGACGUCAACAGCCAGCCCGUCGGCUACCUCAACUGGGAUCGCUCCAAGAAGCAGCCCACAGGAACCAAGAGGGAGAGCUGUGUAGCUCUUUCAGUGGUUGCACAGGGCAAGUGGUACGACGAGGUGUGUCGCAGCUUGAAAAAGUACAUUUGUGAAUAUAUUAUUCCCUAAAGAGCUUGUUGAGCACCUGUGUAGGUCCAUGGAUGAAAGAAAAAGCAUCUUGGGACAAAAAUGUGAUGGAAAAGGCAGAUUCUAAUACUUGUGAUGUUAGUAAUGCCCAGCAAACACACACAGUUUAGUACAUUUAUCUUAAUAUAUUCACUUCAAGAUAGGUUGUUUUGAAAGGGCUCAAAAUGACAAUAUAAGUGACAUUUUUGAUAUUGUUAACAUUAUUUCUCUAAUUAUGACAGUCCUUAAUUCAGCCUAUUUGUGUUUCUAAACUUUAUCAAUGUAUGCAGAAUACUGACUUUACCUCACAACAGCUGAUGCAGCAUUAUGCAAUGCUAACGCUCAUCACCAAAAAUUUGCAGUACAUUUUAUCAACCAACUGGUCUGCAAAUGUCUAAUAAAUAUGUAUUGCAUGGACAAUAAAUAUGCAUACAAAUUCACCUGUAGUAUCUGUGAAUCAAUCGCCAUUGCACAAAAAUGUCCUAACCUACCUUCCGUAGUUUACAACAUCCAACUUCCGGGUUUGAAGUCCCUUUUUUUUA